UCCGAUAACAUCAAAGAAAUCCAAGCUGCCAAAGAAGCUGGCUAUCAAGUGGUGAUUUCAGAUCGUCCCGGCAAUGCUCCUCUGGGACCCGAAAGUGCGGCCUUCCAAAUUGUCACCACCUUUGCGAAAAUCCAUUAAAGUUGGUCUUUCAGAUACAGACCUUUUUUUUUUUUUUUCUUUUGCCCCUUUUGUAACCUCUUCUUUUACCUUUUUUAAGCCUCUUUAUUUGCCUUUUGGUUUUUGCUUUUUCCCAUGUUUUCUUCGUCGGUGCUUGACUUGCCGACGCAUGUUGAGUCGGCAGAGUUGGGGUAUGGCAAAACGCUCGCCUUUAACACAGCGUCCACGAGUGUUCUCGGAUUCUUGAAGCAUUCUCUGAGCAUCAUUCUCGAUAACAACGACUCGAAACAAAUCUUUUACUUUUUGUUACUCAAUCUAUCGUAUAUGUUUGUUCAACUUGUCUAUGGUGUAUGGACAAACUCUCUCGGUCUCAUUUCAGAUGCCAUCCAUAUGUUCUUUGAUUGUUUGGCUCUCGGCGUAGGUCUGUUUGCUUCCGUCAUGAGCAAGUGGCCGUCCAAUCAAAAGUAUUCUUAUGGAUAUAACCGUAUCGAGACAGUAGCAGCGUACUUUAACGGUGUAUUUUUGGUACUUAUCUCCGUGUCCAUUGUUAUGGAGGCCAUUCAGCGAUUGCUUCAUCCUCCAGAGAUGAAUACGCAACGUCUGCUGCUGGUCAGUUUUGUCGGUCUCAUCGUCAAUUUGGUCGGUAUCUUUGCUUUCAACCAUGGACACGCACACGGACAUAGUCAUGGACACGAUCACGGUCAUGGUCACAGCCAUGGACACGACCAUGGACACGGCCACGGCCACGGACACAGCGCCAAUAUGCAAGGUGUAUUUCUGCACAUCAUGGCCGAUACAUUGGGAUCCGUGGGUGUGAUUAUCUCGACACUGUUGAUUCAAUGGUUCGGAUGGACUGGUUUUGACCCUAUUGCAUCGCUGUUUAUCGCCAUUCUGAUCGUGUUGUCUGUGAUUCCUUUGAUUCGUCAAUCGGCGGCUGUUUUGAUGCUUGAAUUGGAUGACUCGGUAGUCAAUCAGGUGCAGGGCACUUUGGACGAACUCAAAACGAUGGACGGUAUUGUCGAUAUCAAAAUGCCUCGUUUCUGGCCCAAUGAAGCAGAAACCAUGGUAGGAUCGUUGCAUGUUCAAGUCAGGGACGGCGUCGAUACCCAACAAAUCCGACGCAAAGUUUCGGAAUUGCUUAUGAGUCACAUCGAUGGAUUAAAGGAAGUAUGCGUUCAGGUUCAAAACGCCGGUACCCGGUUAUAUGAACCCCAUUCUCAAUCCAAGGGAUUCUUUCACACGCCUUCUUUACCCACCCCUCCCGCGGAUCCACGCGCUUUGGAUGCCAGCGUGAAUUAUCGUGCAACCGCCGUCCCUCAACCUACCUUUGCUGCCGACGUCCAAGCUUCUCCUUCCCACCACUUCCAACCUCACACGUCCCCAAUACCAGCUAUGCAGGCACCCCCUCCGCCUCCUUCGCAACACAUCUUGCCGGCUGGAGGUCCUCCUGGAGCUUUCAUGUCUCCCACUUUGGCACAAAAGCAAAAGAAGAAGGAAUAAAUAACAAGAAAGAAAAAAAAAGGGCACAACUUCAUACACUUACGACUCUAUAUACGUUGUAUAAAAAAUAUAUAUCUCAUGUUUUACAAUACAUUGUUCUUCUCAUCCCUUGUUCAAAAAACGAAUUCACUGUUUGCUUUUAUCGAAACUGAUGAUGUUUUUUGGAGAGGCACCACUGC